AAAAUCAGCUGAUCCGGAAGAUUGAGGUUAGGGUGACGUGAAUUUGUUUAUUUUCAUUCAGGAAGUUCAUUUUUUAGUGAAAAUCUCGCAAAAUAAAGUUUCAAUGGAAAAUGAGUUCAAAUCGCCGAUUUGCUCGGCCAUCCACACGUACCCUCCCACCGCCAGUUGUGCAGAAUCUCACGACAAUUGGCGAGAAGACAGCCACCUAUGCGGCCCUGCCUAAGCACGCUCCCUUCCCGGAUGUCUCACACUUCCCUGAGUUUAUCAAUGAGCUCAUAAUGUUCAUCUUCGUGACAAUUGCAGCCUUCUCGCAAUUCCUCCAUCUCUACCGCACAGGCUGGUGGCUCGAGGAGUCCCAUGUGUAUGAGACAAUGAACUUCUAUCUCAUCGAUAAGUACUUGGUGAUGUUUAUUGUGACCAUCCUGGCAAGGAGGGUCGUCUACAUGGCUAUUGUGGGGCUCAUGACACUCACCCCGUGGCAGGAGAAGGUAAUCUCCUACGCCUACUUUGGCUUCCUCUCGGCAAUCCUCAUGUUCUGCAGCAUUCAGCUGUAUCAGAAGUCCAACAGCAUGUACCUCUUCUGCCUGUGCUAUCCCCUCCUGGUCUACUUGAUCAUCUUCGGCAUACGCCUGGAGCCUUUCCUGAAGACAAUUCAUGCCAAUAAUACCAUCUACCUGGGUGGGCAACCAAUGCAUUGCUGCUCAACGAAUCCCUCUGCCAUUCGGGAUGAAGUGGAAGUCCUCAAGGCAGACUUCAAUUGUCGCUUCAAACAAAUAAUCUUCACGUCAGCCUGCAACGCCUACUAUGCUGGCUUCAUUCCGUGCUGCUUCUCUCAGGCCUUCCUCUACUACGACCUCUUCUGGGCCACGCAGCAUCUCACCUUCACGUGGCUCAGUGGCUUCACGGCUGCUGCUGCCCAGUGCUUCCCCACACGCUACUGCGAUGUCCUCCAUCGUGCUGCCCUCCAUCUCGGGCAGUGGAAUCGCAUUGAGAGCAAAUCUCACGCCGUCCCAGCCAUUGUGUGGUCAAAGAGUCUCGUGUGGCCAUCGGGGACACUCAUAAAGCACGCUGGGGAAUUCUACCGGGCAUCCGGCUCCACAACAGCCAUUCCCGCCAAUGCCAGUCACUAUCGCUUCCACUGGGUCUUCAAGAAUCCCUCCAACAUCUACUUGAUCCUCUUCAGUGGGCAACUUCUCCUUGUUGUCCUGCAAAUCUUCCUGGUUGUGUGGACAAAUCAAUGGCAGAAUAUGCUCUCAAUGGGAUUCCUCAUCCUCACCAAUCACUUCACCCUCUACCGCCACUUCCGGAGCUACCUCAUCUCCCAUGAUAUCUACAAUGCAGAAUUGACGGCGUCUGAUUGCAUCCGGAGGCGGCUCUUCUUCAAGCUACAUCACUCAGUUGCUGGGGAAUAGUUAAGCUGAAUAAAAAUUAAUGGAAAUUAA